GUUUAUAGAUGUUAUGGUUAUUGCAGUGAGUUUCAACUGAAUGAGUCUGAAAUCAAGUUUGAAUACUGCGCCGUUCCCAUAGCAAUAAAAUUAAGCGGGAGGAGUGCAAAGAUCAUUCAAAGCCCAUGCGUAGUAACGCUUCAUAGAGCAGGGCUUCACGCCAUACGGAUAGAAAUAGAAGCGCACACUGCGCAUGCGUAGCAGCUCUUAUUCACAGUGCUUCAACACAAACGCUUCACACAGCAGUCUGCGAGGAGAGCGCGCUGGUAGCGCAUACAAACCUGACCGAGAACGGUUAGGAAUAAAAUAUACAUGACACCCGUGAGAAGAGGUAUCCCAGUGUAAAAUGGAGGAUAGUUUUGAUUGCGACUGCGGUGAGCUGGAGCCGCCUGAUCAUUGAGAAGGAAUCGUCUCACUGAGAUCAUCAACCCUUUUGGUUUCCACACAUCAGGUGCUUAAAACAGGAAAAAGGAAAAAAAAUAGAUUUAUCACCAUUUACUUGGACCGCUAAUAAUGCUGCUGCUCAGGGCCAGUCAUACACUGAAAAUUUCUGCACUGUGACGAUGGUUUUAUAGUUAGUGACUUUAAUUAUUUCAGUUGCUUUCAAAGAUAUUUCAUUGGCCUCCAAAUUCAUUCCAUUGUGCCCUAUUAAACAUUGAAAUAAAGACACAUCUCCCACAAACUACGCAAAAAGCUGCUAAAGAGAUAUGUCAACAUAUCUUGGCAACAUAUCCGAAUCAGUUCCCAGCAUCUCUCAGAAUACGCUGUAACAGUUGGUCGGGGAAAACGCUCAAGUCUUUGUAGGCUUGAGUGCCCCUCUCGUGUUUUUAGGUUUGUCUUUCUCCACUAGCUCUAGUAGUUGCAACUCAAGAUCAGCUGCAUAUCAUAUAAAUCAAAAAUCCUUCCUGCUAUAAUAUCUGCACAGAGCUGCUCUUCUAGGCCGCAAAAUGGCAGAGAAAUUUGAAAGCCUUAUGAACAUUCACGGCUUUGAUCUGGGCCCUCGCUACAUGGACCUGAAGCCGCUGGGCUACGGGGGCAACGGACUGGUCUUUUCCGCUGUCGACACCGAUUGUGAUAAGAGGGUCGCUGUGAAAAAGAUUGUCUUGACCGACCCUCAGAGCGUCAAACAUGCACUACGUGAAAUCAAAAUCAUACGCAGACUCGAUCACGACAACAUCGUGAAGGUGUUCGAAACCCUGGGGCCCAGUGGCCGGAGGCUUACGGAGGACGUGAGCUCUCUGACGGAAGUCAACUCCGUGUACAUCGUACAAGAGUACAUGGAAACCGACCUCUGUAAAGUACUGGAACAGGGCUUGUUGUCCGAGGAUCAUGCACGGCUGUUCAUGUACCAACUGCUGCGAGGACUCAAAUACAUCCACUCGGCAAACGUGCUUCAUCGUGACCUGAAGCCCGCCAACCUCUUCGUCAACACAGAGGACUUGGUACUGAAAAUUGGGGACUUUGGACUCGCCCGUAUCAUGGACCCCCACUAUUCCCAUAAGGGGCAUCUGUCUGAGGGACUGGUCACUAAAUGGUAUCGUUCUCCUCGUCUGCUCCUUUCCCCAAAUAACUACACCAAAGCCAUUGAUAUGUGGGCCGCUGGGUGCAUCUUUGCUGAGAUGCUGACUGGAAAAACACUCUUUGCAGGAGCUCACGAGCUGGAACAGAUGCAGCUGAUUCUGGAAUCCAUUCCGGUAGUCCACGAGGAAGACAGACUUGAGCUUCAAAGUGUAAUACCUGUCUUUAUCAGGAACGACAUGUCAGAACCACACACGCCGCUUGCCAAGUUACUGCCUGGUGUCAGCCCUGAGGCCUUGGAUUUCCUGGAGAAGAUCUUGACCUUUAACCCCAUGGACCGGCUCACUGCGGAAGAGGCUCUUGCGCACCCAUACAUGAGCGAUUACUCAUUCCCACUAGAUGAACCAGUGUCCUCGCACCCCUUCCACAUUGAGGAUGAGGUGGAUGACAUCUUGCUCAUGGAUGAGAGCCACAGUCACAUCUACAACUGGGACAGGUACCAUGAAAGUCAGUUCUCUGAUCAAGACUGGCAUCUGCACAGCACCCAUGAAGUAGAUGAUGUGCAGCGUGAUCCUCGAGCUAUGUCAGACGUCACAGACGAGGAGGAGGUCCAGAUCGACCCACGGAAAUAUAUGGAUGGAGAGUGCGAAAAGUUCCUAGAGGAUCCAUCGUUCGACCUCCCCCCAGAGCACUCGUGGCAACAGGAAGAUCACCAUGAGAACAAGUACUGCGACCAGGAGUGCAGCUACACUUGCAACUACAAAGCUGUGUCCCCAUCCUAUCUGGAUAAUUUGAUCUGGAGGGACAGUGAGGUGAACCACUACUACGAGCCCAAACUCAUCAUCGACCUCUCUAACUGGAAAGAACAGCAGAGCAAAGAGAAGAUCGACAAAAAGGGCAAGAGCAAGUGUGAGAAGAACGGACUGGUCAAGGCCCAGAUCGCCCUGCAGGAAGCGUCUCAAAACCACAGUGUGGCCGAGAAGGAUUGUGAACAAGAAAAACACCAGAACCACAACCAGGGCUUCGACUUUGACUCAUUUAUCGCCAGCACCAUCAAACUGAGCCUCCAGCCGGAAUCCGGUGACGUUGACCUCCUAAACGAGUUGAACACCUCAGUUUCCCAACUGGACACUCGUGCUCCUUGCGGCUCCAUGUCCAAGUCCAUCAGUCAGGAAAAAGAAGAGAAGUGUCUAGUCAACCUGGCACAGCUCGGCGUCCGGGCACCCUGUCCUUGGGAAAGCUUCACGGACGCCGACGUUGCCGAGAGCAGCCUGAUUGACGAGGCUUGCUGGGAUGUCCGCAAAGACGAGCAGCUCCAGAAGGAGAACAGCAGCUGCCAGAGCAGUUACCUAGACCGCCUCUUCAGCAAGCGUGAGGAGGUUGAGUCCGAGAUCCCCGAGCCCCUCGAGGUCUCCGCUCCGGAGGGUGACUUCAUAUCCUGUGGCGGCGAGAUAGUCUUUAACAUGCAGUUGGAGUCUCUGGCCAUUCCGGGGUUCGAAGGAGCGGGUGACAUUCCUCUGAAGUCCAUCCAGGCCACGCUAACGCCCUCUGCUGUUAAACGCUCCCCACAAAUUGCCCAUAAAACCUACAGCAGCAUUUUCAAGCAUUUAAAUUAAAAAAAUCCACCCCGUUCUAGCAGAGUCCAGCUUAUUUUUUAUAGAGUUAUGUAUUUCUGUACUUGAAUCAUUUAUCUUUUUACAUAUGGUUACUUUUUAAGGAAACUUUUUCUUUUUUAAAAUUUGUGGAUUAAAUGUUAAUGAAUUCAGUUCGUAAGUUCAUCCAAAGUGCUGGACUGUGUUCCUACACAUGAAACAUGUUUUUCCCCUCUAAUUUUCAGUUCCAACUCUGAUAAUAUAUAUAAAAAGAAACUAACGGCAUGACAUUUGCACACAGUGUACUGUAGAUUCAGAAACAGGUUAGGGAAAGACUUAGGAACGACUGUUAAGUAGAGAAAUGGAUGGUUUAUUCAUUGCAAGCAAAGGAAUAAAGAAAAAAGGGUGGAAUAAUGCACUAACCGUGUGGGAGAUGCUGCCACUGACAUCAAAAUGUGACCUUCUGACUGACAGCCAAUAGGACAGACAUAAGCAGUGCGUCUUGGCCUUUCUCUUCCUGUUUUUUUUUUUUUUUUUUUUUUUUUUUUAAACUAACUAAGGCUAAUGUAUUUAUUUGACUUUUUCCACCUCAUUUCCAUUUAAAGCGAAGCCUUUUGUCAUUUUGUUCAUACUGUAAACUUCCUCAAACGUGAUGCCAGCACAGCAAGCGUUAACCGUAGGCUUGCGAUACGUUAACUAAGUUUGUAAAGGCGUUAUCUACCUCAAGGUAACAGCAGAAGGUUCCGUCUCCCAACUGUAGUGCUUUAAAGAAACACUUGCCCUCUCAACAAUGUAGUGCACAUCGACUUCUAUUUUUCAUUUUGCAUUUGCCAUAGUGAAGUGUUAAGAUCAUUAUUUAUUUUUAGCAGAUGUGAGAUAUUUAUUUUAAGAACAUUGUAAUUUUUCAAUGUGAGGCAUUGGACUUCCAUUCUGGUCUGUUUUGGCGCUCUGUGUUUGUUUAGCCGUGGAUGAUCGCUCAUCCGUUUGAGUUGUACAGAAAUUCAUGAUGCUCUCCCAAGUUCCAGCAUUUGUUUUCACAAGGAUUCACCGUAAGGUUUUUUUUUUUUUUUUUUUUUUUUUUUUAACUUGUAGGUGCUUUGUACGAGUGAAAUACUGCUUUAUGGAAUUUUAUGCGCCUAAAAGUCUUAAUUUUGUUUUCUUUUUUAUAUAUAUAAAUAUAUACAUAUUGUUAGAAAUGUGCAUGGAAGAAAACCAAUGGAAGGUACAUUUAAAAUGAAGUUAAUGGUGAAGUAUAUUGUAAGUCAUUAAUUUUAUUUUAAUUGUAUGUUUUUAUUAAAGUAACUUUUUCCAAGCGAGCAUGAUUGAAUUAGGUUCAGAUAUAGCAUGUAGAAAACACUUUAUUUUUUUUAUUUAUUUUAUUUUUUUGUUUUGUUAAUUUUGCCUUUAAGUGCUGGUUUCCAUUCUGUUAUCAUUGGUUCCACUGUAAAAUAGCAUCAAUAAAAUGGCCAGCAAGUGUA